AUGCCAGAACACAUAGGAGGCCUGCCUCCCCGUCUCUUUCUACCAUUUGAAAUAUGGGACUUAAUCUUACGAAUGAUCAGGGACAACUUCCGCAACUGCAAAAGUCAGGAUGACCUUACCCAUCUAUGGACGUGCGUGAGGUCUGUCUGCAAGCAACUCAAGGCUGAGGUCGAAGACGUCUUCAAAUCACAGCAUCUACCAAGCAAUACGUUACAUUUCAUCAGCGAUACGUACUAUGCUGAAUACGACACCUUCUCUCACUCUAGAGCUGGUAUCUGGGCCACCUGGGAUCGCGCUCCUCUCGACCGUGUCGAACAGUAUGAUUUCAAAGCUCAGCUCCGCUUCGCAGGGCUAUUAGAGCUGGACCCCGGAAGGGCUGUAUUCAAGAUCCAACAUAGGCCGAACGAUCCGAACGACCCGGAGAAUUUGUAUGAGGGCGUUAUUUUCAGACACAUGAGAGAGAGAGAGGGGGGUCUUGGGCCAAUGGGAGAGGCAGACAAGUACAAACCUUCCGAAAGGCGACGACUCUUCGGCCAGUCAGAUGGUUGGGGCCCGCCGAGUUACCCUAUCCAAAUCUUCGAACCUGAAACGACCGAAGGGAUGUUUGUGAUUCAAGUGCGAGCGGGACUCAACGACUGCGCGGUACCCGGCCUGACAAUCGACCAAGAGCAACACGAGAUCUCUCUUGACUGGAUUGGGCUGUUCUCACGCUUUUUCGGUGAGCGAAGAGCGGUGAAUCUGCACAAAGGUAUUGACGGAGGACUUGUGACUACAUGCAGCUCUGCGAACUCUCCCACGAAAGCAAAAAGUCAUUUCAACUGGUUGACCGACUCCGGGACCCUGUCCGCACAUGGAGAAAAGAACAUGGGCCGGUUCGUUGGAAGUGAAAGGGUGUCUGCUGGAAGCCUUCGGCUCAAACGUAAUUGCGAUCGGGAAGUCAAUCUCGACGAUGAAGGCGAGGUAGACAAUACAAUAGCUGAUGAAGAAGCCCUACGAAUGAAAAAAUCAAGAAUGGGUGAGAGCCAGACCACUCUUGAGCCAAUGCCAAUUACACAACGACAGCAAGCCAUUCGACAGAAGCAGCACCCAGAUUACUCGCCAAUAGCUGAGCAAUCGUUAUUCAGCGUCGCUGGUAGGACCGCGUUCAGUCCCAGGUCCGUAGCGUCAAGUAGGACAGAAGAGCCCCUCUACACUCCUGGUAAUACCUCUUACACGGAUCCCAGCCUGUCACAGCAACUCCCACCUGAAACCACAGCCGAGGACUGUGACGAAACGAGCACGAAGACAUUAAAGAAGGACAGAAUGAGACAGGCUAUGGAAAUUCGCGGACAUGGAAAGCUUAUCGCGGCAUUGAAUCGUCGGAACGAGAAUGGUCGAUCGGCAAAGAAUAGUCAAGUCGGUUCCUUUCAAGGAGAUGUCGAGGAUUACAAGACUAGGAGCAUUGAUCAGAGACUUAACAGACAGGAAAAAAGUUUAGACCCACGGGUGGAUGAUGUGACUGAUGAUUGA